AUGCUCGUUAACAUAAGGGAUUUACUGAAGAAGAAAGACAAAAUGCCUUUCAAAGGGCUUGGUUCACUGAAAGAAAGAUUUUUUAACCCAGGAAAGGAAGAGGUGAAGAACACCAUUAGUGACUCGCUGGGGAAUCUGAGAAGGAAGAUCGAUGGCACCAACGUGGAGGAGGAGCCCCUGGAGCUGACGGCGGAGGGGCGGCCGGUGCGGGCGAGCAGCCGGCGGCCAGCGCCGUGCGAGUGCUACUGCUGCGGCCUGCCCAAGCGCUACAUCAUCGCCAUCAUGAGCGGCCUGGGCUUCUGCAUCUCCUUCGGCAUCAGGUGCAACCUGGGCGUGGCCAUCGUGGAGAUGGUCAACAACAACACUGUCUAUGUCGACGGGAAGCCAGAGCUGCGGUCAGCCCAAUUCAACUGGGAUCCAGAGACUGUAGGACUCAUUCAUGGCUCUUUUUUCUGGGGUUACAUUGUGACACAAAUUCCAGGAGGGUUCAUCUCAAACAAGUUGGCUGCUAACAGGGUAUUUGGGGCAGCUAUCUUUCUAACAUCUACACUGAACAUGAUCAUCCCUUCUGCAGCAAGAGUGCAUUAUGGCUGUGUGAUGUUUGUAAGAAUUCUGCAAGGUUUGGUGGAGGGUGUCACGUACCCAGCCUGCCAUGGGAUGUGGAGUAAGUGGGCUCCGCCGCUGGAGAGAAGCAGGUUGGCUACCACUUCAUUCUGUGGGUCUUACGCAGGUGCAGUGGUGGCCAUGCCCCUGGCAGGUGUGCUGGUACAGUAUAUAGGAUGGUCAUCAGUCUUUUAUAUUUAUGGAAUGUUCGGGAUUGUUUGGUACGUGUUUUGGCUGCUUCACGCCUAUGAGAGCCCUGCUGCACAUCCAACAAUAACCAAUGAAGAAAGGAUAUAUAUAGAAACAAGUAUAGGAGAAGGAGCCAGCCUAGCUAAUGCUAGUAAAUUUAGUACUCCCUGGAAGAGAUUUUUUACUUCAAUGCCAGUUUACGCAAUCAUUGUGGCAAACUUCUGCAGAAGCUGGACCUUCUAUUUGCUCCUUAUAAGUCAGCCUGCUUACUUUGAAGAAGUCUUUGGAUUUGCAAUUAGCAAGGUUGGUCUUUUGUCAGCAGUCCCUCACAUGGUCAUGACAAUCAUUGUGCCCAUCGGAGGGCAGCUGGCUGAUUUCUUACGGAGCAGGAAGAUCUUAACCACUACCACUGUAAGGAAGGUCAUGAACUGUGGAGGCUUUGGGAUGGAAGCAACCUUGCUUUUGGUGGUUGGUUAUUCUCACACAAAAGGUGUAGCUAUUUCCUUUCUGGUGUUAGCAGUAGGCUUCAGCGGCUUUGCAAUUUCAGGCUUCAAUGUGAAUCACUUGGACAUAGCCCCUCGUUAUGCCAGCAUUCUGAUGGGGAUCUCCAACGGUGUGGGGACGCUGUCGGGAAUGGUGUGCCCACUCAUUGUUGGUGCAAUGACAAAACAUAAGACCCGUGAAGAAUGGCAGAACGUCUUUCUGAUUGCAGCCCUGGUGCAUUACAGUGGUGUGAUAUUCUAUGCUAUCUUUGCUUCUGGGGAGAAGCAGGAAUGGGCUGACCCCGAAAACCUCAGUGAAGAGAAGUGUGGCAUAAUUGAUCAGGAUGAACUGGCUGAAGAAACAGAGAUGAACAAUGAAACUUUUGUAAGUCCCAAGAAAACAUAUGGUGCUACCAGUCAAAAUAGUGAAGUACAGAGAAGGGAAUGGAGGAAGCAAAAGCAAGUAACUCAAGACAUGGAGGAACAGACUUCUUACCAUUAUGAAAAUGGAAAUUUUCAGGAUUUGUCUUAA